AUGACCAAAUUACUCAUAGGUGGGCGUAAAGGUGAAGGAUCCUUCAAAGACACCGUGGAGGAGGGAGAGCGAAGAGGCAAGUCAGGAAGGGCGCCAUCAUUGACGGUUGAACAGAAUGCCGCUCCACCUGUGAUGAUACUGCUGCGAAAAGCAGAAGAGCUGUUGCGUUGCUGGCAGGAGCUGGAUGACGUGAUGGUGAACCGCAAGAUCGGGCACGGUCAAUCCUCUCCACACACCCUGUCUGCGAGCGAGACAGAGGCACUGUCCCUACAGCAACAGCGAGAUAUGGUGUUUUUCACAGCCAAGGCUGAGGUGUUCGCCGUGCUAAAGGCUCUCCUUCCACCAGUGCAGUGUCGCGGUGGUGGUAGCGGCGUGGAUGCCCCCCCACAGAAUUACAAGAGGGAGACCGAAACACAUGCUGGCAGGAAAUCAGUAGGCGGGUUGGCUGUCAUCCCAGAUGAGGCCACUGCAGAUGUUGGCGGAUACCUGCAGCAACUUGGGACUUCUCGUCUUGGUGACGGGAAAGGUGGUGAGUCUUUCUCGAGUGACACACAGCGGAGGCCUGCUGUGCUUUCUAUGAAGGAUAUUGUCGUAUUUCUUCAGCUUUACCAUGCAUUGGAGUGUGAGGAUGGUAUUUUGCUCCUGCAACUCAUGGAGGAGUUGCAGUGUAUCGUACUUGCACCGAAGAUAAGGAGCAUCAAUGAGGAUGCGCUGUCGAAUAAGGGGCAUGAGUCUGCUGUCCCGCAGGUUCUUCUGGUUAUGUCUGGUCUGGGGCUUGUUGAAGAGUUUGUGCUGCAGGCACUUAUACGUCCGAGUGGUCCAUUCCUAUCACCAGCAGAGAUUGCUCGUCUCCACGAGAGUGAUCUCGUCCGUCUACUCGUUGCACUGCACCGUUUCGGGUUACACCAAGAGCCAUGCUUCAAGUCCACAACAAAGGUACUGCGACAGAGGGCACAUCGCAAACCUUUAAAGUCUUUUAUACGCCCCCACUUGGCGCACCCCAGUGGAGCUCCACCAUCAGACGCUGCGAAAUCGGCUGGCAUUCCGGCGUGCGUGGUCGGGCUGACAGUGAACGAGUUACUAGAGGGCAUCUCGGCUGUUGCACUCAGCGUGCACCGUGAGAAGGCGGUAGUGGAGUUUCUGAGUGCAAUCAUUAUUGCCGCAGUGGAGGUGGAGGAGAGGAACAGUGCCAGCAUCACCAGAGAGCGCGUCGAUGCGCAUGAGCACAAUUUGGGUCUGUUGCGAACGCUACAGGUUCACCGUGCCGCUAAACUAUGCGAGCAAAUGCAGCUCGAGCAGCCGGCGCUGGCGCACCUGUUGCACCGGCUGUCGAUUCGCCACGGCGGCCUUCUCGUCGACGGCGGGGAGACGGCGAUGAACCCUGAGCGUGUUGGUUUCUUCGACGCUAUCACGGCGGACCUCGUGAAGGUGUGCCACAGCUAA